CAUCACCUAGACGACUGUGGUGGACAGCUGGGGAGGAAGAAUUCGGGCUUGACAAGUCUGUGCCGUUGUUGAGAGAUCAGAGUCACCCAGUGAUGAUCUUUGGCGGAUUGUGGCGAUGGACACCUUUGGCAGUAAGUUAAAGCAGAAGGCUCUGAAGCAACCUAAGCAGAAGAAAUCCAAGUCGGCUGAAUUUCUGAUGGGACAAGAAGAGAGAGCUGCUGUGGAAGGCGUAGAAAACCCAGCCUUUGAUGGAGGAGGAAGCGGCAAGCUCUCUGUUCCUCUGGUUUGGCUGGGAAGAGAAAUUCGAGGUGACAGGCCAGAUAGCACCCUUGCAGCUCACCAAAAAAAUAUGGAGCUGCAAGCCCCUGCCAAAGAAAGAGGAGAUGAUCAUGCCCAAAAUUACUUUGACCCAUCAUCGGCACCACAGACAGACCCAAGACAUUGCAGGACGGUGGAGGCCAGCACUGAAGAUGAGGUGGAAUUAACAUCAUUAAAUGCAGAUGAAAGCAGACUGUCUCAAAGAGUGACUGCACUGCUGGAUGAAGACGAUACCUUCAUAGAUAUACCUGGUACGCUGCAAGCCUCCAGGGAUGAAGAGGUGUUGGAGGUGAAGUCAGGUGAUCCGGUGCUUCAGCGGCGACUGAUGCUCCACAGUGGUGGUCAUGCCUCGGGCGCCGGGCCCUCCCAGCCCCAUAUGAGUGCCAAAAACCAGGUUGGGGCUGAUGCUGAGCUGGAAGAGGAGGCUGGACUCAAUGCAGGGAGGAUGGUAAUGGGCAGCGAGACCACUGUAAAAAUGAGGGUGGAGGAGGAGGUGGUUCCCCGCUACACCCGGCAGCUGAGGGAGCAUGUGCAACCUGACAUGAUCACGCCUGGCAGCCUUUCACUGCAGCAGCAAGGGGCUCAGAAGAAACCUGUGACGAGUCGAGAGUGGGCAAAGAGAGGAAAGAGACUGAUAGCCUUCUUUACUGGGAAUGUUGAGAGAGAUUCUGCCAAAGCAGAAGAAGCACCACAGCCCAGACUGAACACACUGUUUCACUGCCCGUCACUCAGAGCGCUGGGGGAAGGCCAAGAGGAAGCGGUGGCCAAAUUUGAACAGAUGACAGAGCUCCCAGUAUUCUCCUCCUCAGCAUCACAGCACAUGUGGCAGGGAAACAAGAGGGCAAGACCACAGCCUGUGGAAGUAUGUGUGCGCUGCCUGAGAGCCACUAGAGACAAAUUACCCAGAGGCCUCUAUUCUGUCAGUGUGUCCCUUCAUAGCCGUCUCGGGGGCUCAGCCCUAGCUUGGUGCAGCAAGAAAGAGCAGCAACAAUGGGCUGUGUCCACUGAGCCAAUUGAGCAUCGGGGCCGCGUCUAUGACACUGACCUCUACAUUAACCAGAACCUGGUCAUGAUCUUACCUGCAGCCUGUGAGAUUCUCCCUUCCAUGGUCCUUAUUUUUCAACUGAUCGCACAAGGAGGAACCAGCAGUUACAUCAACUCUGUGGUGGCCUGGGGGGCUUUUCCUGUUUGUGGCCCAAGCCUCGGCCUUGUCCAGGGCAGGUUUAAAACCCCUCUCCUGAGGGGUGAGCCGAACACACAACUGGACCAGUUUAAAAAAAUUGAGGGCCUCGUCUCCUCUGAUCUCGACCACUGGCUCUGCAACAUGUACUUUCAGGUAAAAAGGCUCCCAACUGGGGUGUCCAAAAGGUCAGAGGAAAACAACACUGGGACAUUGCCCCCUGCAAACCCUCUCGUCAUGCCCCAACCUGAGUUACGUCAUGACCAACGCCAGAGCCAAUUGCCACUGCAGUCUCUACCAUCAUCGCCACCUCAGUUCUGUGCUCAGUCCAUUCAUCCUCAGUCCCAGUUAUACCCUCAACCACAGCCACACGCAGGCCCCAGCAGCAGAGCAGGAGAGCCCGGUGUGGCAUAUUCUCAACGGGGGUCUCCUCUCCACCUGUCAGCUGAUUCGGCUUGCUCUUCCUCAUCUCUGCCAGGGAAAAAUUCCUCUUCAGGAGCGAUUUCUGGAAAUGCAAGAGAGAAGGCUGAAGCGUGCAGAGCGAAAACAGAGGGUGGGACUCACUGCAAGAAGAAGCCAAUCAAGAAGACAAAUAGCUGCGGCCCCAGCAUGAGCAGCAGCAGCGUAGCGCCUCGGCAGGCAGACAAACAGAAGAUGCAGCAUUCAGUGGAGAACCUCUCCACUGAGGAGAUGGAGGAGUAUACGUUCUCCCUACAAUCAGCACUGACAGGACCUGGUACCCGUGCCCCGUGUCUGUCCGAUCGAGCCCGCUUGGCCCUCCACAUGCUGUCGUUCGACCUUGGCCUGCCGUUGCUGGGGCAACAGCCGCGUACUAGCUGGCGUGGCUGUGUUCGAAAGCUCAGCCUCAUUAUGCUGCUGAUGGCUUUGAUGUGGUUUGUGAGGCUCUACCUGCAUUACUGCAGCCAGUGGCUCUACCUCCAGGCCAUAGCAGUUCCUGUCAACAAGUUCCAAUUCCACGCACACACAGUGGAGCUUGUGUACCAGAGUUCCUUGCUCCACAUCUGGGAGGAGCUGGCGAUGCUGGUGGUGGGUCCCCUGACCUUGAACGCAUUAACGUUCCUGCUGGUUCUGAUCAGAUGGGGCUGUCAACAGAUAUUUGGCUCACUCCCUUCCUUCACGUCAAAGUUUAUCAUGGCUCAGGGAGUGUGGACAGUCCUCGACCCUCUGGCAGUCUUUGCAGUGGACGCCGUCCUUGGGCAUCUCAUCUACAGCCCUGACACACCGGUGGGUGAUGCAGCCAAGCUUUACUGGCACCUCUAUCGAACUGACCAAUCAGGUGCAGCGGGAGUAAUCCUCACUCUAUUCCUUUACACGGUGGUUUUUUUGCUCUCCAUCACCAUCCUCAGCAUUUACCUGCUCAGAUUCCACAAUGAUGGCUGCAUGCUGGACGUCUUUCAGCGGCUGACGGCCAAAGAAGGGAUGUACUUCCUGCCUCAAGACCUGGAGCUGUCCAAUCAGGAACUGAGCUACAUUGUCAAGAAGGCAGAGCAGUGGAGAGGCUUCAAUGGGGAGAGGCGCAAGGUGGCAGUCUGUGAUGAUAUCUGGACAGCAGAAGAUCCUUUUCCAAGCUCUGUCUCUUCCAGUGAUGACCCAUCAAGACAGGGUGCAUCACUACCAGAGGGCGAGACCAACACGCAUGUGGUAAUAUCUACCCUGUACCUGAGUGGGCUGAAACAGAGAUACAGACACUUCCUCCGACAAUCAAAUGGAGCCAUCACUGAGGUGUUAGCUGACACAGAGGAGAUGCACCCUGCUCUGAGGAUGACUCAAUACCAAGGUCGGAGCUCUGCCAAUCAGAGGGAAGGGAAAGAAGGCGCAAGAGCUCCGCGCCAGCUACGGAAAAGGAAGAAACUAUUUUGCCGGUCUCAUCGCGUCGAGCCAGUAGGAGGAAGCGGGUGUGGCUCCAGCUUUGCACUGCAAGACAUCAACCAAUGACGUCAAAACAAAGACCGAUAUGGUUAAAACCUAAAUUGAUGCAAGUUCUGUCAACCGUCUGUUUGACUUAAGGACUCGGCGGUAUUCUGUGAAGUAGCUGUUGCUUUCCUUGAAUAUUCUCUGUUUGUAUUGUACUUUGUGAGAGCUUAACCGUUUAGUGGUUGAAAGAAAAUGCUAAAAACAGUACAAAGGGUGGAUGAAACAUAACCAACCUGUCCUCCAACUGAAACGUAACUAUGGGUCGUUUUUUUACAACCCCUUUGGGCGCUGGUUUUGAAAACGUAUGUCUCCGUUUUCCAGUGCGGUAACCCGGUGCGGUAUUUUUCAACUCAAAUAUGCACAUGUGUGCAAAAAAGACAGGGUUAGGCAGUAAAAAUUGAUAUAGGGAGUCGAACCGUCGUCAUGUAUACAACCACUAGGGGCGCUGGUUUUGAAAACGUAGACAUAGGUCGUAAUUCCUGCAUACGACCUAUCCGUACGUUUCAUUGGAGGACAGUCUCAACAUAACGGUUGACCCAUUAGAAAUGGAGUAUACCAGAUAGCUAUAAAAGUGCAUCUGUAAUAAACAUGUGAAGCGAUCGUUGUAAUUCACCACACAAUGUUUGGUAACACUUGUAAUAAAGGCAGGUGUUCAGCGCUGCCCCAACACAAUGACAAAUGCAGCUUCUAAAAGUCACUAAUCAGAACACGAGUGAUAAAAUAUCAAUAUUGGCCUCACAUUAAGCAGGAUAAUAUUCAGGCCAGCUUGAUUUGUAUUGAAUAUGUGUCAGCUAGCUGGUGCUCAGUGUAAUGAAGUGGCACACAAAUCAGGUCAUAAUGACCACCAACUUACACAUAUUGCUUAAUUAAAGGUUGUGAGCUUAUUAGCAUGUGUCUCUGGCACAAGGCGUAAGGGAGAUGGGGAUCGGGACUGAUGUCGUUCAGGGCCAUGGCUGUAAAGGUUUUAUAGAUGGCUAACCUAUCAUACUAAAGCCGUAGCCCUCCUAAAAUUGGAUCUUAAUAACCUGUCAUUUUCAUUGAUGAUGAUUCUCCUUUAUGGGCAGCCAUUACUGAUCAAGUUUCUGGGCCUCGUUGGACGGCGAUAGUGGUCAUUUGUGCUCGUCGUUAUCAUGAAUACACCUUACUUUGGCCUUGAAGUUGCACCUCACCUCCAUGACUAGCCCUGAAGUGUGGUGCACGGUGUAUAUGGACACACAGACACACACACACACACUUAAGUUUCUGAUCUCUGAUGAGGCCUCUUUACAGCCCUGAGCUCCUCCUAGAAAAGUAAAAGGAGUUUGUUGACAUUUCUAGUCCAUAUAUGACACGGAGGAAAACACAACAUGUGUUGUCAUAACGCGACUGAGAAUUAAUUACCCGUUUAACAGUAUAUGCUAAUGCUCAUCAAACAACGACAUUUGGUCUGUUUUGGUGUAUUUUCAGAAUUGAUCUCAUGUUGCAAUCUUCCCCUCUGUGACACUCUUUGACACUAGCCAGAUCCUAUAGAGCUAAUGCGCCCCAAUUAGAGAUCAUUCCAUUAACAGUGACAGUGCUACACCCCCCAAUUCAAUCAGCCUUUUAAUGAACACUAAGCAGAGACGCUGUCUCUCAGAGAUGACAGGAGCCUCUUCUCUCUCUCUCCAUUUGUUCUACCAUACUGACUCCUUCAUUUAACCCUAACACUUUGGCUUUCUUUUUGCUUACUCUUUCCUUUCUUUUCAGUAGCGGAAGAGACAUGACAUUGAUCUGUAGAGCAACACAACUGAUUUAUACAGCUCUCCUAUUUCUUUCAAUAUUUUGAUGUAUAUAUCUGUAGAUUCGAGUGAAUGGCUAAUAUUUCUUUUGCUUUUCCCUAUUGUGCAUCGCUACCUUUUUGAUUCAACAUCAUCAAAACAAUGCCCCGUGCAAUAUUUUUCAAAUGGGGCAGAGGGAGCAGAUGCAGAAGGGGCAAGGUAUUUCAAAGGAUCAAAUAUUUGAUUGUUAAUGACAAACACCACUUCGCCGCAAUUUAAAUUUCAAAUUGAUCCCUGCGAGCAAGUAUUUCUGGGGGAGAGAAACAUGCCCCAAGGUCUCUGCUCCACAAUUUGCUGAUUUAAGUUAAAAGAAAACCUUUUUUUUUGCAGAAGUAUCAUAAGGGAACUGCAGUGCCUGCAUCUGCUUAGAGCCAACCCAACCUGGGGAUGUUGCUGGAGAGUGAGAAAAGAAGAAAAAAAUAAAACAUAAAAAGAAAAAAAAAAGAAUAACAUUUUGUCUAAUUCUAUAUUUAUAUAGCCCUCAGCUUGAGGUAUUCACAUAAAACAGUUUGUAUUGAGAAGUGCUGCGGUGAUCGUUAUGCUACAUGUUGAGAUCGGCAACUCUUCGGGCACAGUUUGCAUGAGCAGCUCAGACGGAUUCAUUUGAAUUAAAGUUACCCCGUUAAAUAAAAUGGCUUCAAAUUCACACCUGUGCCGCUUAUUUUCUGUUCAAACCUUUUCUGGCUGUAGUUUUUUAAUUUUAUUUUAAAACCAAUAGCAUUUCUUUUGAUGAAAAAGUUUAUACAUGCACUGUUUUUGCAUACAUGUCUGUUGCUCAGCUUCAUUUAUGGCACUGUUUUGUUUGAUGUUGAAAUGUAAUUAUGUCUUGCAGUGGCUGGAAGAGCCUGGUGUUCCGAUGCUUUUUUGAUGUGUACACCUGGAGCAUUUUCUAAAGAAAAACUAUCAUCUUAAAUAUUAAAUCUAAAUGCUAUUAUGCUUUAUGUCAGCCUAUGUUGUGGUUUGAACUUCAUAAAAUGUGAAACUGUGUCUUGGGUAUGUUAACAAAUGUUAACAAAAGUUUGCUUCCACUUUAAAGAUGAUACCAAACCAGAAAGCACGUGUAAUUAGUUCAGCAACACAUCAAUUGAUUCUCUCCUCUGUGUGUAACCUGCAGCACCAGUGUUAGGGGUAGCGGCUUAUAUGUCACUGUGGCAGAACAAUAAUAUGCAAAGCAGAUAUACAUUCCAGACCUCUGUCAAUUUUUCUGCCCAAGCUGUAUUCUUGUCCACUGACCCCGAACAGGAUUUCCUGGUGCUUAAGCCGUGAAAAACACACACGGUCGGGGUGUGUGAUGUCAACAUUAUGCCAUAUUUCGGUGGCAUCUGGACGGAUCAUGUGCCUCCCUGCGCACAUAUUUA